AUGGCUACCGCUACUGUUAAGAAAUCACGAAUAGUUCAAUCCGACUUGAAGAAUUUAUUAAUUAUCUCAUCGAAAAUUCCCUCUCCUGCGGUCUUGAUUGCUGCUGUCAAAUCGCAAGUGAUUGUUGUCCAAUAUCAAUAUGAAGAAUCCACGUUACAAAUGUUACGCGAUAAAAUUCAUCGAUCGUUGCAAGGGAAGAAAAUCGCUUUGAUCGGUGUAUUAUUGCAUGGCCAACCGGGUAAAUGCAAUAUCACCGGCAAAGACAACAAGACCUACGAUUCAUUGGAUAUGGAGGUUGCGCGAAAUUGUAUCGUCGUGGCAUCGAUUGCCCGUCAGCAAACUCAAUCAGUUACCAUCAAAGCACAAACACUAUCCCAUUUGACUUGA